AUGGCAGGCGACCACCACGUUCUCCACGAAGACCCGGCGCUGGUCAAGUACGGCAACGUCGGCCCCAACCGCUACAAGUACUUCCGUUGGACUCCCCGGACUGCUUGGAUUUCCAUCUGGGUCGCAGUCGCUGUGCCGAGCGUCGUCGGACUCCUUGCCUACAAGACCGAUGUGAGUGCAUAUGCCAUGGCUAUUCCCUGUGGAGGAACGCAUUCGGCCGGAGGAGACGAGUCGGUUCCAACGAGUGCAGGCGGAGCACAAGACGACGAGCAUGUGUGGGGCAGGACUUUGAACUCCAAGUGCAUUGAAGAACAGGCUGUCGUCGGGCUACAACGUGGACACAAGGCUGACGCUAUGAUGCAGGGCAAGUACGAGCUUCGUGGCAAGCGUAGAGGAGAUGUCAUCAAGGAGUUCUGA